AUGAAUCACCCUGACGACUCUACUCUGAACUCAGAGUCAAGCGUGUAUGGAGGCCUCCUGGAAGGAGGAAUGUUGUGGUUUUCCAAUCUCACGCUACCGGACGCCACGUGGAUUCUGCCCAUUUCUCUCGGCCUCAUAAACCUGCUCAUUGUCGAGAUGUUUGCGCUGCAGAGGAAGGACAUGUCGCGCAUGCAGCGGCUUGCUACAAACUUCAUCCGACUGCUGUCAAUAGUGAUGGUGCCAGUCGCCGCAGCGGUCCCGUCGGCCGUGAGCCUGUACUGGGUGAGUUCCAGCGCUGUGGGUCUGGCUCAGAACCUGGCUCUGCGCGCUCCACGAGUCCGUUCCCUCCUGCAUCUCCCACGUUCCCCCAUGGACUCCGAGACACCAUACAGAGACCUGGCUCGAUCAUUCCGCUCCAAGAUCAUGGACAGAGGCGGUUCUGCGGAGACACCCAAGGCGCGAAGAUGA